GUAAUGUCAAAUCAAAGCGCAUUUUUGACGUUUCAUCCAUUGCUGUUUUGCCUGAAUGUCGGACAACAAAGUUCACAACUUCUGAUCGAAAUUUUGUUGGUGUGAAGUGCUAUAUUUGAACUAAACAGCGAUUGUGGCGUAGGAUUAGUUCCCGCAAAUUGUUAGUACGGACGAAAACAGUUCGUUCGAGCAAAGUAAGUGCCUUGUAGCGUAAGUCACGCCCGUUUUCUAUAUUGAUUUCCAGCUGUGCUGUGGCCAUUUCGUCGACGUCGCAUAGAGAAAGGCAGCCAUCGAUGGCUAUUUUGGUCUCGUCGCGCGAUUCGUUCCCGGAACACCGCCGCAGCGCGAAAAGGGGCCCCCAUCCGUCGGAUUGCGAGCGGCCCCCUCGCUGUACCAUGGCCUUCGCCGAUUCGGCCUUGCUAUUUUCGUGGACACAAAACGGCCGCCGCCGUGACCCGGUUGGCCCUAGUACGCGCGUUUCGCAUUUGGUUGUUUUGAGGGACUUUCUGGAUGCUGGGUAGCAUGAAUCCGGAAUUCAUCGGGCAAGCAUUGGCCCCCGACCGAUCGAAAAUGCCGUUGUCGUCGACGUUUUGAAGUUGUCGUGACCUCUAUUGACCAUGUUCGCGCGGUCAACGGCCCAAAGUUAAUUUGUAGUUUGGUUGGCUAUUUGAGUGGAGUUGGCUUGAUAUGCUUGGUUGCAUGAGGAUCGUAAGUCAGGAUGGAUGGGUGGAAUAACCAGUUUGCUAUAACUGCACCUUGUAGAAAUACAGUUGAUUAUACACCUGUUUCUUUGCUAUUGGGUAAUCUGUUUCAUCACCACUCACUUUCAGUGUAAGAACCCUAUGUUUGUUUUAUGGUCCUGGAAUACAAUGCUUGAGUUUAUCUGGAUUGAUUAAUGUAUUCUACCUGAAGACUAGAGAUACCAUGUAGUUUAUUUCAGCAUCCAAAACCCUAGAUAAAAGGAGAGAUACCCUGGUGUCAUCUAUGAGAAUUUGUCACAACUGCUGUUAGUGCUGAAAAAUUCUUAAUAGAGCUAUGAUGUCAGGAUCUCUCAUUUCAUCUCAGAUAAUUUUUUGGAAGCCAAAACACAUUACAUGGUUGGCUAUCUUCAGGUAGAAUAUGUUAAUCAAUUCCUCCACUCAACUGUUGAGUAGUUUGAAGUCAACAAAUAUAGGAUAAAGCUAAACUGUGAUUAGUAGGAGCUUUCUUUUUAUGCUCAAAAUACAACUUGAAUUUAUUAGUUAUCCUACUUAUGUAAUAAGUGUCUUAGCCUUGCUUAUUAUGUAUCAUAUUGCAAUAUUUCUUAGAAAUCCCAAUAAAAUUAAUAGACUGUAUAGAUUGUAUGGUUACUUUUAUUCUUGGUGAGUCACUGAAGAAUGUUAUCACUAAAUAAAAGUUGGUUAAAAAAUUAUAUUUGAUUAACAACACUGAUAACUUUAUGGUCACUUUUUUCAGUAUGACAUGCUGACCACUCACAUAAUGGGAUAGCAGACUACAGACCAAUGACUUGAAGUUACAAUCACUACUCACAAGUCAUUCCCAUUGGAGUUAAGUUAUAUAUAUAUCGUAGCAAUUGAUUCAACUGUCUGUCCAGCACAUAUGUUUGGGAAAACUGUGUUUGUGUGAUGAUUUUGACUUUCAGACAUUGAACUGCCAGUCUCUAAACCUCUACUUCAGACUUUAAUGGGGGCAAGUUACCAGCCAAGAGAACCCAAAAGUUUGCCCUAAUUACCUUUGCCUGUGUGCCUAAAAGUACUUUAACUAGUCCAUAAUGUGUAUUCCCUAGCUCUUUUAUUAACUGUUCAUGUAAAAACAACAGUAUUUCUACUAUAAGACACAUUUUUAUUAAACUGUUAUGUGUGAAUGUGGGUAUGAGUGUACCAUUUCCCAAUGUUCUUAUGUGACUUAACAACGGUUCGGGCGCAUAUUCGGCGCGACUUGGUCAUCCUUUUGGCCAAGCGAUCUUCGCGCAUCAAUAUUGUUUUACACACAAACACAUUUUGACAACCAGCUGUUGAACCAUAUCCAAAAUGGUCUGGUACAUGGAAGAUGUCUUCUAGAAGGAGAAGCAGAAGCAGAAGUAGAGAUAAGAAGAUUCCAAGUAAACUCAGGAUGGAUACUAAACCACCACAACCCAGAAUUACAGAUCCAAGUCUACCAGCAGGUCGCAGGAGGGAAAUUGACAAUGUAAUGAAGAAAGCAAGGGCUCAAAAAUCACCUACCUCAGGUGCUUUUUGGGACAAGAAACUUCUUGAAGUUGAAGCAAAAGAUCCAAACAGAUGGCGCCACAGUGGCUAUAAAUCCCUUUACAUGGAUGGUUCCCGUUCGCCGUCGCCGGGUUCCCGUUCGCGAUCGCGUUCGCGUACGCGCUCUCCACUGCCGCCGCGUCGGUCGCCGCCCCUGGUAAGGAGAUCGCCAAGGUCGCCGCCAUACCGCGCCAGGUCGCCAAGGAGCCCACCUCCAAGCAGGUCAUCGCGGGGUCGUCGUUCAUCAUCAGCACGUCGCCCCCCAUCUCCCUUGCCUCCCCACCAUCGUCCUCCAUCUCCAAGGUCACCAAGAAGGUCACCCAGCAACAGCUCCAUAAGCAGCUGCUCUGACGAAUCUUGCUCAGUAUGCUCGCCAAAACAUCACCGUGGAGUGAGAUCUAGAUCAAGAUCUUUCUCCCCGCCUCACGUUCCGGUCAAAGGCCGCCUGGGCCGUCCGCCAUCACCGCCUCCAAAACGAGUCGGCCGGCCUAUGACACCGCCCACGAUGCCGCGCCCUAAAAUUUUGCCGGCCUCCGAUAGGCCGACGGACCCUAGGAGACAGCCGCCCCCACCAAGGCCGAGAGGCGCGGGAGGGGAAGUGAUUGACGUGAGGGGCGUACGCCCUUCGAAGUUGCCGCCUCCGACGGCUUCUUCAGGAACGAAGAAGAAGCCGUCGACUGCGGCGGGCGAGAAACAAAAACCGAUGCUUCUGAAGCGUAUCAAGAAAGAACGCACUGGCCCCAAACGCCCUGGCUCGCCAGAAAGCAGCGGCAGUGAAGACAGUGCUGCUUCGUCCCCGUCCCCGCCCCCGGCUUGCAUCGUGGCCACCACGAGCAUGCCGCUGUCUGAAAGGUUCAGCAAGAUAGCGCAAUGGUCGGCGGACAGAGAACGUAGGGGCGAUAUUGAAAACAUGCGCAUCACCAAGACAGGAGGCAGUAUGAAGGUUAUGAUGGGAGAGGAGUAUCUCUACGGCAGCCCUACCAGGAGCAUGUCACCGAUACCGUCCGGCCACUUCCCAGACAAGCUGUUGACUGCCGCCCAAUCCCGCACUGCUUCCUGGGAAGAUGUUCGCGUUCGCUACCAGUAUUACAAGGAACUGGGCUACCUCAGGGAUCUCACGUUGGACGAUUACAUAAAGUGGGAAGAGUGGUGGUACAAGUACCAGGACUGGUUGGCCAAUGAGCGCCAUUACGAACAUUGGCUUAGCACUCACGGAGGAAGUAGUGGCGGAGGUCGCCGCCGUCGAAGGAAGCCAGCGUCGCAAAGACUGAACUAGAACAGGCAACGCCCCUCUUCAAGGAGUGGGGCAGUAAACGAGAAGGCGAAAGACGCGAAAGAAAAAGAGCCAGAAACAAAGUCGAACGAGGGGGAUGGAAAAAAGGAAAAUGAAAAGAGCGAGAGUGGUUGCGGGGAUGGGUUGAAUGCGCAGGAGUGAAUGUGGAGUAUGAACAGGUUAACGUUGGUCCGACUACUGAAAUUGUGGGACGCAGUACAAAGCAUUAAAAUAUGUUAAAUGUUACAGACUCAUUUGAACAAUUGAAUUCAUUACAUGGUUUCCAAAUGUCAAAAACCUAUGUAGACUAUAGGGUUUCGUGGUUCUUACAUAAAAAUAUACUAGUAUAAUUGCUCAAACAAUUUCAGUACCGGACUUGUACGUUUUGUGUUUUUGAGGAUUUGUUGCAAAACAAAAAAAUCCAGAAUCUGUUUUUUAAACUUUGUGCUCUGCAGCAGUAUACAAUUGGCAAAAUGCAUGAUUUUGUUAUAGUGAAUAUUGUUUUGAUCUACAAAUCAUACCCUUUUUUGUGUGGAAACAUACUAAACUAUCAUAUAUUAUGCAUGACAAUUCUACGUGUCUACAUAUUAAUUAGAAACUAACUUUUUCAUAUAAAUCUUUUUAGCUCUAUGAUUUACUUUUUGCUCAUUUUUAAAGAAAAAUGAAAGUAUAUUUAUUACUCGUAUAUUCAAACAACUUAAGGAGAUGAAUCUGUGAAACGUGAAAUGUUCCGAAAGUAGAAUUUUUAUUUUUUUCGCAAUUUUUGUAUAAAUGUAAAUAUUUCUGUACUCUUAUGUCGAUUUAAUGAUCAUGACUGUGUAUUUUUGGGAUAAAGAUCUAUGUGCCAGAGCUCCCUUUGCGCAUCUUUUCCAAAUUUAUGUUGAAUUGUGAUGAGGUCUGGGCUAGUGGUGGCAGAUAUUUCACGAACUGUGAUUUAGUAACUGAUAUUUCUAAAUCACGACUGUUACUCUCGGAAAGCUAGUGGGCGUAGAACAUGGCGUAGAGCGUCUGCGCAUUGAAAAAUGUCAACAAUUGCUAUGAAUAUAGAACAAACAUGUCUACAUAAAUAGCUUAACACAUCUUUCAUUGCAAAUACUGAACUCUUAACAACAGUUGAAAGGAUUUCAUAAAUGACUGCCGAAUUUUUCAGUUGUUUUCUAUUUAACUAUCUUCAUUUGCAGUUAAUGAGGACAUAGACACAGACUACCAACUAUACUACAGUCAUAUGUUUUUCCAAAGCCAGAAUGGUUAUUCCUAUGUUCCAAUCAAAGUUUAAUCUGAUUAUCAAUCGCAUUUUUCAUAACCAUGUGCUCGUGCUCAGUUGCUGAUCGUCUACGAGUCCUUGCCAACAAAAUUAGAUUUGUUUACAGACUUGAUGACAUGCGCACAAUCUGAAAUUCAUUUUCUGCGCAGUGUACACACGAGACAGAUGCCCUAUGCGCAGCUCCUAGUAUGACAGAUAUUCAAAAAUAAUGAUAUCAGCCACCUCUAGUUUGGGCUACUAGGGGGGAAUAUACUUGUAUGUCCAUGAAAUUAAUAUAGCAAAUACGAAUAUCUUUUUGUGGCUAAAUGUGGGAAAUUCUAUUUUCGGAACCUUUGUAGAUAAACUAGGAGAUAGUUAUACUUUUUGUUGGUGCUGUUCAGUCGAUGAUAUGACCUAGAACUGGUAAGGUGUUUCCACGUCCAGUGACUUACUGCCUAUAAAAUAUAUAUUGGCAUUAUAAUGUAGGAAUUUCGAGCAGCUGUACUGAACAACUCGGCUUUUUAAAUUUUUUUUGAAAGGUUCAUUGUUCAACCUUAGUGAUCUUCAUUUUAACUAUACUAAAUAUUGUUUUGGUUAUUUAUGUAGCAUAUACUUAUUAACUUUUGUCGAUUAUAUCAUGAAUAUUAAUUUACUUUCUUGUAUAUUUAAGGAGAAACGUUGAAUAAAUUAUCAGAUAC